AUGAGUUCAUCUACUUCAUAAUAGGAUGAGAUUCGUGAAAAAAUGUGUCAAAUUCAUAACCUCAAGAUAAUUGCAAUAGAUCUAAACUCAACAGAAAAUGGAUUAAUUAAAUACCUUUGUUGUAACUGUGUAGUUGAGAAGUUGAAUAACAAUAGGAUAUCAACAAUUGAACAAACAUAAGCAAGAAUUCAAGAAUAUAAGGCUCUAAGACAGAAAAAAACGGCUGGGGAAAUCGAGAUAAAGCUCCAUUAAUAUUAAAUAGUGCUUGAAAAAUAUAUAGUGUUUAAAAAUAAUGCUUGUAGUGCUUUGGUUAAGAUUAAAGAUUAAAUAGAAACAUAAAUUAAUAUUCUAAAAGAAAAGAAAUCUUUAUUAUAAAAUUUUUAACCUGUGUCUAAUUUUUAAGAGGAUGUUAAAUCAUUAUCUGAAUUUCUUUCAUUAACUGAAAAAUAAAUGGAAUUUCAAUAAGAUACCUAAUCUUUUGAUGAUUUAAUUAGAGAACUUGAUUUCAUUUUUAAUAAGGCAGAAUAUUUAUAAAUAAUUUUAACUUUUAAGGAAGCCAAAUAGAAAAUUGAGGAGUUCAAUGAAAACAAUUAAAUUGAAUUAAUCCCCCUGCAAUUUAAAGAUGAUAAAGUAAUUAUUUAGAUUAUCCAGAAAGCAAUAAGUUUAAGUAGACUUUGUCCAACCCAUAAUAAAGAAAUACUUCUGAUUGACCUAGAAUCAAAUAAUAAAUCAAUAGAAGAAAGAUUUGCUUGCUUAGAAUGCCUUAGUAGUGAAGGUUUCAAUUGCAAAUCAAAAUCGAUUGAAAAAAUUAAUUUGUUAUGGAAUCAAAAGAAAAAUAAUUAAAUUAAAAUUGUUGAAGAAUUAAAGUCAAAGAGGUAGUUAAAAUAAGAGAAAUUAAAUUAAAAAAUUUAGUAAAUGAGAGAGAAUUACAAUUCAAAAGUAAAUUCCAUCAUCGAACAAUUAAUAACAAAAUUUCCCUUACGAAUAACCAAUACAAGUGAAAAUAGUAAGUUUAAAUAGAUAUCUAUACAAUAAUUAAGUAAUGAAGAACUGAUUUAAAAUAUUAAUUACCUGAUUCAAUAAGAUAAUGAUAAUCUUAUUUUUGAUGAGUAUACGAUAACUAAGGACAUUUAAUUUUCAAAAUCAAUAGAAAGUUAAUUAGAACAACUAUAAUAAAAUGAUCUAUUAGACAUUUAAGAGUCAAUCAAUAUUUUGCAUGAUUAAUCAAGUAUCAAGAAUUGUUAAUUAUUAGCUGACAACAAAUUGUAGGGAAUUAUUUAACUAUCAAAACUAAUUUAAGAGAGUGCAAUUGUGGAUUUAUAAAAAUAUAUAAGAAAACAAGAGUUGGAUGAAUUCAUAAGUUCAUCUAAGUAAAUAUAUUGUUAGGUGGAUUUGUUGAAUUAGGCAAUUUAUAAAUAUUAAUAGCAUAUUAAAAAAGUUAAUUCUAUUAAAAAUAACCUAUAAUCAAUUCCAGAUCAUGAAAAUUUUUCAAACAUACAACAACAACUUACUUAUUAUUUGAAUAAUUUCGAAAAGGAUUUUAACGAUCUGAAGAAAUUUUGUGAAAUAGAACAAUUGGAAAGGGCUAAAUUGAAUUUACAAUAAAAUUAUACUAAAUUGCAAUUAGAAAGUAAAAAAAAUUAUUCAAUAAAUUAGGCUAGGAGUUAGAAUUAAAGUUAAAAAAAGUUGCAGAAGAGCAAAAUAUAAAUGCUUAAUGUUAGAAACUAUAACAAGAAUAAUCAAUAAUCAAUUAAAAAGAAAUCAAAUUACUAGGUUAAAAGAUUAAAGAUUAGGAAGUUUUAAUAAAAACACAUGAAUCACUUUUAGAUAAAUUAGGAUUAAAUUUAAAACCAAAUUUGCUUAAAGAUGAUUAGUGGAUCAAAAUAUUUUUAAUUUUGCGAGAGAAGACGAAGAAAAUAAUGAAAUAAUCAGUUUUGAUUUAUUAGGGCACAAAAGAUGGAUUAAAUAUUUAAUAAUAUUGGAAUAAAGUGAAUGGUAAAGCUAACUUACUUAUGGUAUUUUAAUCAAAAAGUGAUUAUAUCUUUGGAGCAUACUCUCCUUGUAAAUGGGAAUCAAAUAAAAACAACUAUGUAGAAGAUAAUACAUUAUCAUCUUUUAUAUUUUCAUAAACUCAUAAUUAAGUUUAUCCUUUGAAGUAAGAUUCUAAAUAAUAUGCUAUUUAUUGCCAUUCAAGUUAUGGACCUACAUUUGGAGGUGGAACCGAUAUUUAUAUUGGUAGAGACUUUACUGAAGGUCAUUGCAAACUAGGUGAUUCAUAUGAAUUUAAUAAUUACAAGAAUCAAAGUAAUGAUCCCUAUUUGUUUGGAUAGAAUAAACCAGAAAUAAAAGAAUGUGAGAUUUAUGAACUUUAAUUUUUUUGA